AUGUGUUAUCUCGAAGUUUUAAAGAAAAGUUUGGAAUAUGAGCAUUACAAGGAUCAGACAAAAACUAGAAAUGCAAAAUUUUUAGAAAUUCCUGUACCGCAAUUGAUUUGUACUAUAAUUAUUUAUACAAUCAACGACCAUGAUGUUCCUCUUCGAAUUAAUAUUGCGGAAUCCUAUCGAAAUAAUUGCGCAACUCGAAUU